AUGGAGGCGCCGCUGGGGCUCGUGCUCAACGACGGCCACGGGCUGCUGCUCAAUGCGCAGGGCGACCUCGCGUACACGGCGCGCGACCAGAAGAACGGCUUCUUCACGUGCAUCGCCGAGAAGGCCAUCGACCUGGGCCAGUUCGCGAAGGAAGGGGGUGAGGACGACGACGCGCCCGAGCCCGAGGAGGACCAGCCGCUGCCGACCGUACGGCUGGAGACGAGCAGGCGCUCGCUGCUGAUCGCCAAGUUCGAGACCGGCGGGCGGGAGCGCACGCUCGUGGUGUCCAAGCCGAGGGGCCAGGCCGACGGCGAGUGA